AUGAUUAUUAUGUGUCAAUUUGAACCAGAUGUUGUCUGUAUAACAGAAACAUGGUGGUCCACGAAGGUAGGUGAUCAGGAAAUUGCUCUCACCAGUUUUCAAUUGUUCCGAAAAGAUAGAAUCGGAUAUCAAGUUGGAGGUGUGCUCAUCUAUGAUAGGCAAGGCCUGCUUGUGUCAGACAAGUCCGAAAACCUUGCGGGCAAUACAGAGGCGAUAUGGCUCACCGUUAGUACGCCAGGGUCACAAGCUCUUGAUAUCCUGAUGGUCUACCGUCCACCGUCGAGGAACCAACAGUCAGACACUAGUCUGAUGAAGAAAGUCAGAGCAAUUGCUAAGAGACCAGAUGUCAUGAUUAUGGGAGACUUGAGCGCUCCACAUAUCGACUGGAAUCUGAGCUCUGUACCCGGCUCAGAAGUAACUUUUGACCUAUGA